AUGGAUGAAGAAUUUCACUUACCGGAGCACAUAAUCCACCGCAUUCAAUCCUUCCUCACCGGAAGAGAAGCUACUCGGACGUCUAUCCUCUCUAAUGCAUGGCACCAGGCGGCCCUCAGUCGCCCGAAUCUCGACUUUGACGUACACGAUUUCAGAACCGGUCGUGAUGAAGACGAGCCAUACACCGGCAGCUCAGACCACAAAUUCUCGAAAUUCGUGAGGAUGACUAUUUCGAGGUACGAGCAACUGAAGCUGAAGAUCGGGAGUCUGAGAUUUCGUGAAUAUAUAGAAUGGGGGGAUACUGAUUAUGAUGUUAUUUGCUCACGUGUUCUUUAUAAGGAAUUGAUCCCGAAAGCACUUAGUAUGGGCGCGACUCGUCUCGACAUCGGUGGAGAUUUUAUGUUGCCGAAUGAGGUUUUUGAAGCUGAAAAUCUUGUCCGGUUAUCCGUGGAGAAAUGUCGGAUCGAUCUAAACCCGCUGGAUCGACCUGCUGCUGUAAGAUGUCCUCGUCUCGAAUCCCUUAGUUUAAGCCAUGUCGAUAUCGUCGAGCCCAACCAGAUUUAUCGCAUAAUCUCCGGCUGCCCCUCGAUUAAGAAAUUAUUUUUCGUCGAUAAUGUUUGCUAUACGUGUUUGGUAGGUGUUGGUCUCGCCAAUUCUCAUAUGUUGACUUGUCUUCUUUGCGACAUGACAUUUUUAAACUUUGUUACGGCGUCCUCCAAGUUUCCUUUCCUCAAAGAUUUGACGCUACAUGAUUUAUGGGCUUACCCGAAAAAGAUAGUGAUUAGCAGCCGUUCGCUCGAGCGCUUGAAUUUUGUUUGCUUCGAGCACUAUUCAGAGAAACAAAUCAGGUUCGAUGUUCCGAGUCUCGACAAGUUCACGUACAAAGAGGAAAAUGAUGGCCUGAGCACCGCAUGGUUCGGAAAGUUGGAAAAUCUUGUAAAGGAGUUGGGGCGCUCAGAAAUUCAUAUUUGUCUAACUCUCGGCUCCAAAGCUAUUCUCGAUUAUGAGGCGGACGAAUUUCAACGCGUGUCGAAGCCUGAGGUGGAUAGUGUAACAGUCGAUAUGGAGGGUCUGUCGUCCAUAACUUGUUACGUUCUUUUUGAUGGUUUGUUUCGGAUUUUUCGCCCUAAGAUUAUAGCUCACUACAUACUUCCGGAGUCGAGCUGCGGUCGAAAGACAAACAAUGAUUUGCUCGGGAAGACACUUCUCGAGGGAGUGAGCGGGAAAUUCUCGGCGAUCGGGAGCGCCAUUUUAUUAUGUCGAGUGUGA